GCAGCGCCACUUCCGUUUCGGCCUUUCGGCCCUUCCGUACCGGCGGCUCCGCGUGCGGCGCGUUCGGCUGCCCCUCCCCCUGUCGCUGCCGCCCCUCCCUCUCUGUCGCGAUAAUGUCGCGAUUCUUCACCACCGGCUCCGACUCCGAGUCCGAGUCCUCGGCGUCGGGAGAUGAAACCGCGCCCAAAGCGCCGGGGGGACCCUACAGCAAGCCGCUGCUGCUCAGUGAGGAUGAGGAGGACACCAAGCGCGUGGUGAGGAGCGCCCGCGACAAGAGGUACGAGGAGCUCACCAACCUGAUCCGCUCCAUCCGCAACGCCAUGAAGAUCCGCGACGUCAGCCGCUGCCUCGAGGAGUUUGAGCUGCUGGGCCGGGCCUGGGCCAAGGCCAAGGGCGUCGUGGACCGGGACGGCGUUCCGCGCUUCUACCUGCGCAUCCUCGCCGACCUCGAGGAUUACCUCAACGAGCUGUGGGAGGACAAGGAGGGCAAGAAGAAAAUGAACAAGAACAACGCCAAAGCUCUGAGCUCCUUGAGGCAAAAACUGCGCAAGUACAACCGGGACUACGAGGGGCAGAUCGCUGCCUACAGGCAGAACCCCGAGCAGUCGGACGAGGACGAGGAGAAAAGCCGGAGGGAUUCCGAAGGCUCCGGUUCCUCCUCGGGGGCCGAGGACGAGGCCGGGAAUUUCCUGAAGCGCCGCGAGCGCGACGACGGCCGCAGCCGCUACAAGGAGGAGGAGUCGGAGUCGGAGUCGGAGUCGGACGAGGAUUGGGGAGAUUCGGCCUCGGAGUCGGACUCGGAGUCGGACGAAGACGACGGAAAAUUCACAUCCCUGGCGUCCAAAUUCCUGAAAAAGGACGAGGAGCGGCGCGGGGCGGAGCGGCGGCGCGAGGAGAAGGCCAAGAAGAAGCUGGAGAGGAAGCGGAGGGAGGAGGAGGAGGAGGAGGAGGAAGGGGGGGAGUGGGAGAAAGUCAAGUGUGGGGUGCCCCUGAUCAAGGAAAAGCCCAAAAUGUUCGCCAAGGGCACCGAGAUCACCGUGGGGCUCGUGGUGAAAAAACUCAACGAGAUCCUGCAGGCCCGGGGCAAGAAAGGCACCGACAGGGCUGCCCAGAUCGAGCUGCUGCAGCACCUGGUGGCCGUGGCGCACGAGCACAACCUGGGCGUGCCCCUGGAGCUCAAAAUCAAAUUCAACAUCGUGGCCUCGCUCUACGACUACAACCCCAACCUGGCCGCCUACAUGAAGCCCGAGCUGUGGCAGAAGUGCCUGGAUUUACAAUUUUUUGGUUCUUUCCAUUUCUGCGACGCUCGUGGCAGAAGUGCCUGGGCUGCAUCUGGAGGUCGCUUGGGUUUUUGGGGUCCACUUGGGAUUUUGGUGGGUUAAAACGUCCUGGAGGAGUCCGAGAACCUCGGCAACCCCGAGCAGCCGUUCCGUGUCCGAGGCUGUGUCCUGACCCUGGUGGAGCGCAUGGACGAGGAGUUCACCAAGAUCAUGCAGAACACCGACCCGCACUCCCAGGAGUACGUGGAGCACCUGAAGGACGAGGGCCGCGUGUGCCGCAUCAUCGCGCGGCUGCAGCGCUACCUGCAGGGCAAGGGCAGCCCCGAGGAGCUGUGCCGCGUCUACCUGCGCCGCAUCCUGCACACCUACUAAAGCGUCGACUACGGGCGCCGCCACGCGAAGGAGGACGGACAGACGGACGGGCAGGCGAAGGAGGAGCGGGCGAAGGAGGAGGAGGAGGAAGAGGAGGAGGAUUCGGAGGCGCUGAUGGAGAGGCUGUGCAGGUUCGUGUACGCCAAGGACCGCACGGACCGGAUCCGCACCUGCGCCAUCCUGUGCCACAUCUACCACCACGCCCUGCACAGCCGCUGGUACCGCGCCCGCGACCUCAUGCUCAUGUCGCACCUGCAGGACAACAUCCAGCACGCUGACCCACCUGUGCAGAUCCUCUACAACCGCACCAUGGUCCAGCUGGGCAUCUGCGCCUUCCGCCAGGGCCUCAUCAAGGACGCGCACAACGCCCUGCUGGACAUCCAGAGCUCCGGCCGCGCCAAGGAGCUCCUGGGCCAGGGGCUGCUCCUGCGCAGCCUCCAGGAGCGCAACGCCGAGCAGGAGAAGGUGGAGAAGCGGCGCCAGGUGCCCUUCCACAUGCACGUCAACCUGGAGCUGCUCGAGUGCGUCUACCUGGUGGCGGCCAUGCUGCUGGAGAUCCCCUACAUGGCGGCGCACGAGUUCGACGCCCGCCGGAGGAUGAUCAGCAAGCAGUUCCACCACCAGCUGCGCGUGGGCGAGAGGCAGCCGCUGCUGGGUCCCCCCGAGUCCAUGCGCGAGCACGUGGUGGCCGCCUCCAAGGCCAUGAAGACGGGCGACUGGCGCCGCUGCCACCGCUUCGUGGUCAACGAGAAGAUGAACAGCAAAGUGUGGGACCUGUUCCCCGAGGCCGACCAGGUGCGCGCCAUGCUCGUCAG